GGAUUCUAUUCCAUGUUUCUUUGACAUGAAACACAACAUUAUUUCAAAACCUAAACAAAUCUUGGAUUUGAUUGUGUGCGCCACCCAAACGCCAAGAUCGAGUGUAAGGUUUUAUAGCAGUAAAAUACAGUUGAGGUACCAGUUCCGAAGCGCGUCUGUAUCGGCAAAAAUGGCGACUCAGACUGUCUGCGAUUCAGAGAAGAAGUUAAUCACUCACGUCAUCUUUGAUAUGGACGGCCUUUUGAUCGAUACUGAGAAAUUCUAUACAGAAGUUCAGGAGAUAAUACUUUCGAGAUUCAACAAAACUUUUGAUUGGUCUCUAAAGGCAAAGAUGAUGGGGAAGAAAGCUAUAGAGGCUGCACGGGUGUUUGUCGAAGAAACUGGAAUUAGUGAUUCACUUACCGCUGAAGACUUCCUGGUGGAACGAGAAGCUAUGUUACAGAAGAUGUUUCCUACAUGUGACCUCAUGCCAGGUGCAAGUCGUUUAGUCAAACAUCUGCAUGCUGCAGGAGUGCCGAUUUGCGUUGCAACAGGAUCUCAUAAACGACACUAUGAAUUGAAAACACAAAAUCAUGGUGGGAUAUUUUCAUUGAUGCACCAUAUUGUCAUGGGUGAUGAUCCAGAAGUUAAACAAGGCAAGCCAUCACCUGAUGUAUUUCUUGCUGCUGCCAGAAGAUUUGAGGGUGGUUCAGUAGAUCCCUCAAAGAUUCUUGUUUUUGAAGAUGCACCAUCGGGAGUUCUUGCAGCCAAGAAUGCCGGAAUGUCUGUAGUUAUGGUUCCAGAUCCAAGACUGGAUAGCUCUUACCAUGAAACUGCAGAUAAAGUUCUGAGCUCACUGUUAGAUUUUAACCCAGCUGAUUGGGGACUUCCUCCGUUCACGGACUCAGCAACCUAAGACCUCUUUUAAGGUAAGCAAAAUUCCUUCAAAUAGAGAGAACCAUCUAUUCAUUGUCGUAUUCUGAAAGAAAAAAUAUUAUACUUCAAUGAGAUAUUGCAUACUCCUGUCAUCUGAAGUAACAUAUUGCUUUGAAUACACAUGUAUAACCUACUGUUUCUGAAAACACUAUCUGUUUCUUUAUUUUUCC